CGAAAAGCAGGUAGUCAGAUCACUUUGCACGUCGCGGAUCAGCGCGAUGGGCUAUGGCAAAGACAGCAGCUUUUGCAGCACCUACGGCAGCUAUGGCAAGGCGUCGGCGUCCUGGGCGAAGCCGAAGACACCCUCGAAGAUCACGCAAGCAAAGUCGACCUGUAAGAACUGCGGUGGCCGGGGGCAUGAGGCCAAGGAUUGCCCCUCGGCGCCCUUGUGCAAGACCUGCGGGCUGCCGAACCACACCACGGAGGAAUGCUGGAACGCCUCAAAGAAGUGCAACAUUUGUGGGAAGACCGGUCAUUUGAUGAACGUAUGCCGGAAGAAGGCCCAGAAAGAGAAGAAUGGUUGGGCCGAGAAGGGUCAGAAGUGGGGUUCCAAGCAAGGCUGGACGGAAUCAGAGAAGAACAGUCAGAAGUGGGGUUCCAAGCAAGGCUGGACGGAAUCCAGCAGAAAGGUGUCGAACGUCUCCACAGAGCAGACUCGCAAGGUGGAGUGGGCAGGUAAGCGGAAGGAGACUUGGUCUGACAAGCCCAAGAAACAAGAGUGGUCAGACAAGCGCAGAAAGAAGGAGCAGCCCAACCCAGAGUGCUACUGCUGUGGGAGCUGGUGGCAUGAGAAGAACGAUUGCCCCUACAAGGACAAUAAGUGUGACUUCUGUGGCAAGACCGGGCAUUUAUUUGUCAUGUGCCUCGACCGGAAGGACUGCUCCCGCUGCGGUUCCGCGGACCACAGCUGCUUGCGCUGCCCCAUGCGCAUACACCGCUGCGAGCUUUGCGGCUUGAAGGGCCACACAGAGAACGUGUGCCACUCUGACCGUCCUUCGACCUGGAAGCUGGAGAAGGAAAAGAACAAGUUUUGUCGGCGCUGUGGGAGCUGGUGGCAUGCGCAGUCAGUGUGCCCACACAGGCAAAGCCGCUGUGGGAAGUGUGGUGCGCUUGGGCACCUUGAGGAGUGGUGCAGGACCAGAGGCCGAAGACUGCGCACAAAGAAGAAGGGCGAGAAAGAUGAGGAGGAGGAAGACCGGGAAGAGAUCAUGGAAGAGGAGAUGGAUCAGAUGGAUGCGCAAGAAUUGGAGGAGAUUUUGGAGGGUUGUGCCUGUUGUGGCAACCCCGAGCACGAAGCCAAGGAUUGCCCGCUACAAGAUCUCACCUGUGAACUUUGCGGUUUGCGAGGGCAUCUGGAGAACAUGUGUCGAAGCAGCCAGAUACCCAGCACCGAGAAGCCGGGGAUCAAGGAUGGUGACCGGGACGCCCAGAGUGAGUUGUCAGACCCUGGGCCGUUGAGCGAGGAGGGUGACGUGAAGAGCGAGGUCAGCGUUGAGGGCCCUGCAGAUGAGUUGGAGCAAGAGGGCAGCGAACUAGGGGUCGCUGAUGGUGAGGAGGACUCAAAGGAGGCCACCGGAUGUGACAUGCAUUUCGCGGUGGGCAUUUGAAGGCCAUUGGGAGUGUUUAAAGGGUGUUCAGCCUCCUUGCGUUGCAAGGAGGACCCAGAUUGGGGCCCAGCGGACGGCUCGGAACAAGAGGGCAGCGAACCGGGCGUUGCUGGUGGUGAGGAGUGCCGGAGGUCGAGGGAUGAGGAUGGUCUCUUGAAAGAUGGCCUCGAGGAGCUCAAAGCUGCAGCCGCCAGGAUGCCGCGGCCGGAACGGCCACAGGAGCCCCAGUGGAAUUGGAAGACACGGUCUGACCAGUGGAAGAGCUCGCACUCUUGGCACUCCGGGCAGCGCUUCCAGGGUUGGAACACGCGUCAACCGUGGCACCGUUGGGGCGAUCGUGGCUACGGGCGACAGAGCCACACCCCGCCGUGGCGAUGAGCAUUUUGACCGAAGAUGACACUUACGACCUGAAGCGGCAGAUGACCGACAGGUCACCCUUUUAAGCGCACAGCAGUAAGUGGCCGCGGC